AUGCCCUUAGCUCGAGUCAAGUCGGAAGAGGAGGAAGACUCGAAACUUCACAUUGUGUCUGAGGAAGAAGAAGAUGAUGAUGAUGAUGAUGACGAUGAUGAGGAAGAAUCGUCUGAAGAUGACAGCGAGGAGGAGGAGGAGGAGGAGGAGGAGGAGGUAGAGAACGACACAGGAAACGGCACUGAUACCGCGAAUACCAUUAUCACACGUCCGGAUGAGGACACGGCACCAGCACCAACACCAGCACCAGCACUAACACCAGCACCAGCACUAACACCAGCACCAGCAACAGAAAAAGAAAAAGAAACAGCAGCAACAACCGCAGAUCCCUUAGAUCCGGUAUGCAUGUUCGGUCCGCAUAGCACAAUCCCAGAGAACAUCCGGGGUAUCCUGGACGAAUGGCACAAAAAAAACCCAACAACCGUACCACCAUGCUCAUAUCGAAGCGGAAUCCCGAAACAGGCAUGGAAAGUCUUCGAUCGGAAUGGCAACGAAGUACCCUUUGCGUUGUUUAUGAUCAAGAGGCCUAUUUCGUAUAAGAUCACCUUCAUUUCCAAUGAAGACGGGUCGGGGAAGCUGGUUGCUUGUCGGCCAUAUUCUCCUUUUCAGAUCUUUCUUAUUGGCUGGAAUGGACUGGUGGACUAUGACGAGGAAGCUUGUGCUGUGAGGUUGUUUGGGAGGAAUCUGGAUGAUAUCGUUUUCACGCCAGGGUGUUUUGAUAAGGCCCCCGGGCCUAAGCCGGAAGCUGCAACGACAGGUGCUACGGCUAAUAGCACGUCCACGGAGAAGAAUACAACCAGAUCUCAUAAACGGGGACGACGACGCAGCGGCCGAAAGAGCGGCACCGGCAAUGGCACCGCUCGUUCAACGCAACGAAGGAAGCCCGAAGACGAGACCAUCUCUGGCUCCAUCCCCGAAAACACUUCAUCGAACGAAUCACCACAAUCAGAACGCGAAGACAUCUCAGCACGCCCGACAAAAAGAUCCCGAAACAGCACUUCAGACGCAGCCUUACCACCACCUCCCGCAGUCCCAGCGACCCCAGCAUCCCCCAAAACAACACCACCAAAUACCCACGAAGUCGCAUUCAAACUCGUAUCCGAACUUUCAGACGCAACGCGCUGCUUCCCAAUAACCGAGUGCAAAUCUAGUCGUGAUCUCUUUGCGAAAGCACGCAAAUUCUUCCGACUCCUGGAUGGGGAUUUAGAAGUCAAUUUUCUCUCUUGUCGUAUACCCUCCAAACACGAACGAAGGUAUCUGUUUGAGGGGAGCCAGGGCGAGUUUAAUCUGCUUAUCCAUGACGUGAGGAACUUACAGGGCAUUGAUGCUAAGACGCUGAUCAUUGAGGUUAAGUGUAUGGAGUGA